GGAUCGGAGGACCGUUUGACGAAUUACUGAAUCAGAACAAUUUUCACGAACCAGGCUACGCAAAACAAGCGUAGUAUAAAUCUCCCUCUCUCUCUCUCCCUCUCUCUCUCUCUCUCUCUCUCUCUCUCUAUACAUUCACUCUCUUUGAUACAAGGGAGGAAAAUCCAGUUAAUCAUCGAAGAAGGAUACUCUGAUUCUGUCUGGAUUACAGAUUGUUGUAGAUAUUUCGCUGGUUUUUAGAACCCUAAUUUUGCGCAUUUGUUGGAUGGGAAUCAAUUCAAUACAUUGGUGUUGGUGUUGAACAAAGUGAUUGAAUUAUUCGCUGCAAGUAUAAUCUUGGUGGAUCUGGUUAUGAUGAAAAAGUGGCUGGGGAGGUUUUUGUUUACAUCAGAGAGAAUUACUUUGAGGGGAUUCAUCGUCGGUGGUGCUAGGGUUCUCUUGUAUGUUUGACAAGAAAUUAGGGGAUCAUUAUGCAGCUACACUUCUCACCUAGCAUGAGAAGUGUAACGAUAUCGAGCAGCAAUGGGUUUAUUGACUUGAUGAAGAUCAAGGUCGCAGCUCGGCACAUUUCUUAUCGAACUCUUUUCCAUACCUUCCUCAUCCUAGCGUUCUUGCUACCUUUUGUUUUCAUCCUCACCGCUCUUGUUACCCUAGAAGGUGUCAACAAGUGUUCCUCAUUCGAUUGUUUAGGCAGGCGUUUGGGUCCAAAGCUUCUUGGAAGGGGUGAUGAUUCAGGGAAACUUGUUAAAGACUUUUACAAGAUCCUUAAUCAAGUGAACCCCGAAGAAGUUUCACAUGACCUACAAAUCCCUGAUAACUUUACACAGCUUGUCUCUGAAAUGAAAAGCAACAAGUACAGUGCCAAAGAUUUUGCUAUCAUCUUGAAAGGAAUGAUGGAGAGAUCUGAGAGGGAGAUUAGAGAAUCUAAACUCCAAGAACUAAUGAACAAACAUUUUGCAGCAAGUUCAGUUCCAAAAGGCAUCCAUUGUCUCUCUUUGAGAUUAACGGAUGAAUACUCAUCUAACGCCCAUGCACGCCGCCAGUUGCCCUCACCGGAAUUUCUCCCUGUUCUUUCUGACAACUCAUAUUACCAUUUUAUCCUUUCAACCGACAACAUCUUGGCAGCUGCUGUUGUGGUCACUUCUGCAGUCCAGUCAUCUCUAACACCUGAAAAGAUUGUUUUCCAUGUCAUCACUGAUAAGAAGACAUACGCAGGCAUGCACUCAUGGUUUGCCUUAAACCCCAUCUCCCCUGCCAUUAUUGAAGUCAAAGGUGUUCAUCAGUUUGACUGGUUGACCCGAGACAAUGUUCCUGUUCUUGAAGCCGUUGAAAAUCAUAAUGGAAUCCGUAAUUACUAUCAUGGAAAUCAUAUAUCAGGCACUAAUGUUGGUGAUACUGUUACUCCAAGAUCAUUUGCCUCAAAAUUACAAGCUAGAAGCCCUAAAUACAUAUCCUUGCUCAAUCAUCUUCGCAUAUAUCUCCCAGAGCUAUUCCCGAACCUUGAGAAGGUGGUUUUCUUGGAUGAUGAUGUUGUAAUUCAAAGGGAUUUGUCUCCACUUUGGGAAGUUGACCUUGGUGGAAAAGUCAACGGGGCUGUUGAAACGUGUAAAGGUGAAGAUUCAUGGGUGAUGUCUAAAAGAUUCAGAAACUACUUCAACUUUUCUCACCCGCUGGUGGCAAAAAGUUUGGAUCCAAAUGAGUGUGCCUGGGCAUAUGGGAUGAAUGUGUUUGACCUGCAUGCAUGGAGGUUGACCAACAUAAGAGAAACAUAUCAUUUAUGGCUUAAAGAGAAUCUAAGGUCGAAUUUGACAUUAUGGAAACUUGGGACUUUGCCACCAGCUUUGAUUGCAUUUAGGGGACAUGUGCAAGGCAUUGAUCCUACGUGGCAUAUGUUGGGGUUGGGGUACCAGAAGAAGACAAACAUUGAGAGUGUAAAGAAGGCGGCUGUGAUACAUUACAAUGGGCAAUCAAAACCAUGGUUACAGAUAGGCUAUGAACAUCUUCGACCUUUUUGGUCAAAAUAUGUGAAUUACUCCAAUGAAUUUGUCAAGAAUUGUCACAUCUUGGAGUAGUGAUUGCUUUGGGCAUGAACAAAAGGAUGUGUAAAAGAACAUUCAGUCAUAUAUUCAUACAUAUAUAUAUAUAUAUAUAUAUAUAUAUAUAUAUAUAUAUAUAUAUAUAUAUAUAUAUAUAUAUAUAUAUAUAUAUAUAUAUAUAUAUAUAUAUAUAUAUAUAUAUAUAUAUAUAUAUAUAUAUAUAUAUAUAUAUAUAUAUAUAUGGGAAGAAGAUCAAAGUAUGUUUGUCAAUUAUAGAAGAAGCAAGAAAAUCAUAGCCACAAAUAGAAUGGCAAAAGUCAAAAGUUGCCACCUGGAACAAAGAUUAAUGCAUGCAUGCAUGAGUGAGAGUGGUGGCAGUGUAAGAAGAUUGAUUCUUUUUUUGCCUUUUUGGUAUGUAACAGUAACACAAGACUUUCUUUAUUUUUGCCUAUAUUUUUUAGCCAAUAGGAGUUACGUUCAACUUUAGGCUAAUUAGCUUAAGAAAUUAUGAUGAUUCUUUCUUAAUUUUCUCUUGAUUUUACAUAAUUGUGUCUUGAGUUUUUACUUUUUAGGCAGCAGUAGUAGUAGUACAAGGUUGGAAUUGCUUUGUUACAGGAACUUCACAUAUGCCAAGUAUUUGUAUUCAUGAGAAACAUUUAUAAUGAAUGUGCAGUAAAUUUUUUUUU